UGUUGUGUGGUAUAUUUAUCUAUGGUUGUGGUUGUAAAGUAAGUUAAAGUUGUGAGGAAUAAAAUUUUCUAGCAUAUUUUCAAAUUAAGCAUCCUCUUGGAAAUAAAAUGAAAGUAAAGCAAGAAAAUGUUGAGUUGCCACAGGAGGAUUCUAAAAUGGAUUUAAAAAAUUGUGAAAGGGAGAGUGUGCUAGUUUUAAACACAUUCAAAACUGAGUGUGUGAAGAUGGAAGAGGACACUUCAUCCUGGCGUAGUGAUGAUAAUUACUUAGAACAAAUUCACACAGAAAUAGAUAUUGCUAAUGAAAAAUAUGAACAAAGUGAAGAAUAUCCUAAUUUAUUGGAUUUUGAAGGAAAUCAAAGUAAUGAACAUGGGACUCACAUGAAGGAGACCUCAACGAAAAUAACAAACAUAUUAGAUCUUCCCAAUACAAAUGCUUUGAAAGUGCAAAUUAUAGAGAAACCUAAUAAAUGCGAAAUUUGUGGUAAGCAAUUUGCCCAGAGAGGAGUUUUAAAGACACACAUAAGAGUUCACACUUGUAAAAAACCUUACAAAUGUGAAAACUGCAGUAAGAAGUUUACCCAACAAUCCAAUUUUAAUGAUCAUAUGAGACUUCACACAGGAGGGAAAGCUUAUAAAUGUGAAAUUUGCAAUAAGAAGUAUACCCAACAAUCCAGUUAUAAUAAACAUAUGAGACUUCACACAGAUGAGAAACCUUAUACAUGUGAGAUUUGCAAUAAGAAGUUUACCUAUCAAUCCAAUUUUAAUAUUCAUAUGAGAGUUCACACUGGUGAGAAACCUUAUACAUGUGAAAUAUGCAAUAAGAAAUUUAACCAACAAUCCAAUCAUAAUAAUCAUAUGAGAGUUCACACAGGUGAAAAACCUUAUAGAUGUGAUCUUUGCAAUAAGAAGUUUACCCAUCAAUCCAGUUUUAAUAAUCAUAUGAGAGUUCACACUGGUGAGAAACCUUAUAUAUGUGAAAUUUGCAAUAAGAAAUUUACCCAUCAAUCCAAUUUUAAUAAUCAUAUGAGAGUUCAUACAGGUGAGAAACCUUAUAGAUGUGAUAUUUGCAAUAAGAAGUUUACCCAACAAUCCAGUUGUAAUAAGCAUAUGAGACUUCACACAGGUGAGAAACCUUAUACAUGUGAAAUUUGCAAUAAGAAGUUUACCCGUCAAUCCAAUCAUAAUAAUCAUAUGAGAGUUCACACUGGUGAGAAACCUUAUAUAUGUGAAAUUUGCAAUAAGAAAUUUACCCAUCAAUCCAAUUUUAAUAAUCAUAUGAGACUUCACACUGGUGAGAAACCUUAUACAUGUGAAAUUUGCAAUAAGAAGUUUACUCAACAAUCCAAUUUUAAUAAUCAUAUGAGAGUUCACACUGGUGAGAAACCUUGUACAUGUGAAAUAUGCAGUAAGAAAUUUACUCAACAAUCCAGUCUCAAUGAUCAUAUGAGACUUCACACUGGUGAGAAACCUUAUACAUGUGAAAUAUGCGGUAAGAAGUUUACUCAAAAAUCUAAUUUUAAUGAUCAUAUGAGAGUUCACACUGGAGAGAAACCUUAUAAAUGUGAAAUUUGCAAUAAGAAGUUUACCCAAAAAUCCAGUUGUAAUAAACAUAUGAGAGUUCACACAGAUGAGAAACCUUAUACAGGUGAGAUUUGCAAUAAGAAGUUUACCCAUCAAUCCAAUUUUAAUAAUCAUAUGAGAGUUCACACUGGUGAGAAACCAUAUACAUGUGAAAUAUGCAAUAACAAGUUUACCCGACAAUCCAGUUGUAAUAAACAUAUGAGACUUCACACAGGUGAGAAACCUUAUACCUGUGAACUUUGCAAUAAGAAGUUUACCCAUCAAUCCAGUUUUAAUAAUCAUAUGAGAGUUCACACAGGUGUGAAACCUUAUACAUGUGAAAUUUGCAAUAAGAAGUUUACCCAUCAAUCCAAUUUUAAUAAUCAUAUGAGAGUUCACACUGGUGAGAAACCUUAUACAUGUGAAAUAUGCAGUAAGAAAUUUACCCAACAAUCCAAUCUUAAUAAUCAUAUGAGAGUUCACACAGGUGUGAAACCUUAUACAUGUGAAAUUUGCAAUAAGAAGUUUACCCAUCAAUGCAAUUUUAAUAAUCAUAUGAGACUUCACUAAGAUGAGAAACCUUUUACAUGUGAAAUUUGCAAUAAGAAGUUUACCCAUCAAUCCAGUUUUAAUAAUCAUAUGAGAGUGGACACAGGUCUGAAACCUUAUACAUGUGAAAUUUGCAAUAAGAAGUUUACCCAUCAAUCCAAUUUUAAUAAUCAUAUGAGAGUUCACACUGGUGAGAAACCUGAUAGAUGUAAUAUUUGCAAUAAGAAGUUUACCUAAUAAUCCAGUUGUAAUAAGCAUACAAUAAGCAAGACAUAUUUUUGCAAGAAUGGAAUAAUCUUCCGCAGAAUGUGAUCCAAAAUCUAAUCCAAAGCAUGCCUCGUAGUUUGCAAGCUGUUAUCACUGCCAGAGGAGGGAAUACUCGCUACUGUAGUUCUUAUAAUUCCUUUUUUUUUCAACAAAAAGCACAUCAAAUUAAAAUUGUCCUUUUUCAAUAUUUAGUAUAUCAAAGGAAAAUUCUUCAUUUCCAUUAUUUUUAAUAAACUUUAAAACGAC